AUGGUGGACUCCUUCAGAAGCAACACUGGCCAUCCUGAUAUCGGAGGAAUGUACAGCCUCAGAGUAGACAAUAUCUCUUUUCGCACCAAUGCGGACGACCUCCUGGCUGUGUUUGGCAGAUAUGGCAUGGUCGGUGAUAUCUACGUGCCGCGAUUCCUCCAACCAGGCACACCGGUUGGCUUUGCAUUUGUGCGAUACUACUCCCGCCGGUCUGCUUUGGAGGCACUAUUUCGCGCAGAUAGAAACUUGGUACUUGCCGGGCGCCAGCUGAGAGUGGACAGGGCCCGAUAUGGUUGGCCGGAGCCGGAGCAGCCACAUAGACCUCGUAGUUUCGAUUAUGCCAGUCAUUGCAGUGGUGCCACUGGUGGUGGCUCCAGGAGAUCUCCGUCUCCAUGCCGACAGCGCCACCAUGGCCGUAGUCGUAGCAACGGCCGGCAGAAGCCCCGGAAAUCUCCGUCUCCAUGCCGACAGCGCGACCACGGCCGUAGUCGUAUCAACAGCCGGGAGGAGCCCCGGCCCCGUCGACGUCAGGCCAGAUCCGGUAGUUCCUCACACGCCCCACACGCCCCACACGCCGGCGAUGGACGUGGUGGCAGUGCCAGAGUAGUGGUGGUAUGUCGAGAUCGCGAUGCCGCUCCCCAUACAGCUCACCGGAUGCCGCACGUCAAGUGUACUUUCGCUCGCGUUCACGCUCGCCGACGAGAUCUCCCGGCGCUCCACUACUCUCCGCAAAGAUCACCCUGUGGCGCCAGGCAGCGUAGCUACUCGCGCUCUCGUUCCCAGCUGCGUCUCGCGUAG